UUGAGUCACUGGGACAGAGGAGGCAUAAACAGCCCCCUCCAGCCCUGGGGUGCCCUGCCGGGCCCUGCUCUGUGGCCUACGGUGGGCUGGCAUUGCCAUCUAGUGGCCCUUAGCCCUCUCAACGGCUCUGGCCAGUCCCAGGAAUGAAUUUCUGUAGAGCUGCUGACACAAGAAGUAGGGAGCCUGGCGGUGUGAAGGGGGCAGGAGAGCUGCAGCUCGCGGGGGCCACCUUCCAUGCCAGGCGCAUGGCUGACUCCGGAAAGAUUUCCUAGGCUGGGAGUCCGGAUGCUGGGCUCACACUUCAGACAUCCAGCAUGCCCACGAGGAGGGGAGCUCCUUCUGUCACGGGGCUGACGAGAUCUCCCUGUCCCCGUCUCCCGGAACAUUUCGGUUUCUCCUUCUUCCUUUCUUGCACCUUAUCCAGGCUCUGUCCCUCCCUCCAAGGUCCUUGGGCCUGGGCACUGAGCCACUUCUCACCCCCUCCACCUAGGUUUAAACAUUAGUGAGAGGCUAUCAGCUCAGGACUGGGGGAGGAGCUGGAUUACACUUGGUGUCAACAUCUCCCCCUUUGCCAGAGCCCCCUGGUUCCUGGCUCUGGGUGCCCUGGACGAUGCCUGUGGAAGAGUUUGUGGCAGGAUGGAUCUCUGGAGUUCUGGGCUUGAUGCUAGGACACCCCAUAGACACAGUGAAGGUUCGGCUGCAGACCCAGAACACAUACCGGGGCAUCGUGGACUGUGUGAUCAAGACGUACCGCCGGGAGUCAGUCCUGGGCUUCUUUAAGGGGAUGAGCUUCCCCAUCGGCAGCGUGGCCGUGGUCAACUCUGUCCUCUUUGGCACCUACAGCAACUCCCUGCUUCUGCUCAGCUCCACGCCCCACCAGGACCGCCGGGCUCAGCCCCCCAGCUAUGGCCACGUCUUCGUGGCCGGCAGCCUUGCGGGCUUUGUGCAGGCCUACUGCUUGGCUCCAUUUGACCUCAUCAAAGUUCGACUGCAGAACCAGACAGAGCCUCGGACUCGGCUGGGAGUGGCUCCACCCCAGUAUAGGGGUCCCCUGCACUGUGCCAGGACCAUCCUCCGGGAGGAGGGGGCCCGGGGCUUGUUUCGGGGUGCUUGGGCUCUGGUGCUGAGGGAUACUCCUACUCUGGGCCUCUAUUUCCUCACUUAUGAGGGUCUCAGUCGGUGGCUCACUUCAGACAGUAAGAAUCCUGGCUCAGCUACAAUGCUGGUGGCUGGGGGCUUUGCAGGGAUAAUGUCCUGGACCACAGCCACUCCUAUGGAUGUAGUCAAGUCACGGAUGCAAAUGGACGGGCUCAAGCAGCGCCAGUACCGGGGGCUGUUGCACUGCAUGGUGAGCAGUGCUCGGCGGGAAGGACCAGGGGUCUUCUUCAGGGGCCUGACCCUCAAUGGUGCCCGGGCCUUUCCUGUCAAUGCUGUGACUUUCUUCAGUUAUGAGCACCUCCUCCUGCUCCUGGGCUGAGCCUUCUGGGUGUCAGCUGCUCCUGCAGCAAAGUCUAACCCCGAGAGACUAAAUCCCAAUUUGGUAGCCACAGUUUGGCGUCAAUGGUGGACGGCCAGCCAAUCCGCCUCCUCUGAUUCCCUCCGUCUCCACGUGCAAAUCCAUGUUUUCCUUGAGCGUCCUGGAUCAAAGCGAUGCAUCAAGAACAGGAUGGUGGUGGAUGCACCCUGACAUAAAGAACAAGAACAGACCACUCUGGGCCUCAGUUUCCUUAUCUGUACAAUAAGCAGAUUGGCCUGGAUGGUUUUGGAGGUUCCCCAUAGCUCUAGACAGAGGAUCCUGAGGCGAUGGGUGGGAUGUGCGGACUUACCCACAUGGUUUAGUCUGACCGCUGCCUCUGAUCCCAUCUGCCCCCUGAUCUUCCUGCCUCAGGGCUUAACAGAACGUCCUCAAACGUUGUAAGUGGCUAAGCAACUCCUUCUGCAGCCAACCAGGGGAAAGGCCUGUCUGGGUGCAGCUGGCCCAUCCCUGAGCUCCCACUGGAAGCCUUUCUAUCCUGGUAGGACCUGCUACAGCCCAUGCACCACUCUUGAGAGCUCGAGGACCCUCUUCCUGCCCGGAGGAGAACUUUGGUGAAGCUCGGCAGAAGCAGUGGGGGCAGGUCACUAUUAAAUCUCAUUCCUUUUCUCUUC